AGGAUCCAACAAUAAUAAAUAAACCUAUUGAUAUAUUUGGAAAAACUCCUUUAAUAUUGGCCUCUCAAUUGGGCGCCGAUAGAAGAAUACUCGAAUUAUUGCUAGAAGCAGGAAGAGGGGUGGGAGCAAAAGACUCCUUGUUUGGUAAUACAGCCUUACAUUGGGCUGUGUGGAGCGAUCGACCUCAUGCUGUGGAGAUCUUACUAUCUCGGGGCAGUGAGGUCAAUGCACGGUCUAAUAAUGGUGAAACACCGCUGCACUGGGCCUGUUCGCGGGGACACUUGCACACUGUCGAGCUGUUGUUGGGUCACAAUGGCAUCGAUGCCAAUGUGGUGAACAACGAUGGAGACACACCACUGCAUUGGGCAGUUCGGAGGCGAUGGUAUAAAGUGGUGUGUGCGAUGCUGUCCAAGGAUUCGGUGAAUUUAGAAAUUGUGAACAAAAAAUAUAGGACACCAUUGCUUGAAGCUGUCUCGGACGGUCACCUCGGAAUAAUUCAGAGGCUGAUAGCCAGGGGUGCGAAUGUAAAUGCUGUCGACAAAGAAGGCAGUAAUUGCCUGCACCUGGCGUUAGCAACCAAAGAAUUUCAUUCUGAGGUGGAGCACAUGACCGUGUUAGAUCAGUGGUCCUGGAAACUCUCUUUGAACAAGAAAGAUAGGCUCUGUUCCAUAAUUGUUGCGAGUUACCUAUUCGAAUCCGGAGCCACCUUUUACCAGAAAAAUAUGGAGGGUAUGUCACCACUGGACCUCAUCAAGGAUGGAAAUUUGAAAGAAAAAUUAAAAACCUUUAUACCACCAGCAUGUACAUAUUGUCAAGUGAUGUAUGCCUCUUCCGAAUUCAAGCCCUGUGAACAUAUAGCCCUAUGUCGUGAUUGUUAUGUCAGAAUUAAGUGGGAAUCAUGCCCCACUUGUCAACAGCGAAUAAGGGGUGUGAGAGAAUUUGAGGCUCCAAAGUUUGAGGACAGGUGUGUAAAAAAAGAGGCUACAUGUCAGGAAUUAGGGGCUGCAUCUCAGGCAAUUGAGUCUCCAAAGUCUGAAGACAAGUGUGUACAAACAGAGGUUGCAUCUGAGGAAAUUGGUGAGUAUAAAAUAACAGUUGCCAAUUCAUUUCUAUAAGUUUUACUUCCCCUGGCCAUAUUGUGCUUCAAAGAAUAACUGAAAACAGGUUACAUUCCGAUUUUACGAUUGAAAGAUUAACUGUAUAAUAGUUCUAUUAAAGAUAUCGAUAUUAUUGAAAGUUUAUGGAAUAACCAUUGAGGAUAGCACUGUUGGUAAUAAUGUUCAAAUUAGAAGACACAAUAGAGUUAAUUUUGUCAUUUGGUCACGGAACUCAUCAU